AUGAAGCCAGGAAACUGGAGACAGUGGUUGAGACUGACCAAAAAGCAGUUGCGGGAGCUCGGUCGAACUAUUGACCAAGAGCUGGGACAUGUCCUGAAUCGGAACAUACCCAAUCAAGCAGGCAGGAUGGUAAAGAUACCCAUUCCAGUAGCUCGUACUCCCAGCAAAUUUGCGCUUAAGGCGAUUAUAUACCGAAAUUUCCAUCAUUUUGUGAGAAGCAGUGGAUUUAAGGGUGGUAGGAUAUCAAGAUUUGAUUUGAGCGAAAGCGGUAGUAAUGCAAGGUUUAUUGGGAAGGUGAGCCAACCCGUUUCGUUAUUUUCUACUGGCGCCCGAAUUCCUAAGGGCACUCCUCGUGGCCUUUACACCAACUGGAACAUGGUUGGCAAGACGUUUGCGGGCCAAAGAAUGUAUUCGACGGCGAGCAUAAAUUUCACUCAUGAGGCUGCUAACAACAUAGCUUUAUCGCUACGCUGUUUGCUUAAUUCCCUGAGUGAUGCUGCUCCAACAGGAGAAAACCAUUUCAAUUCCUAUAGCAAUAUUGAUACCCGGUACCAGUUCCCAAAUAGAUUAUCUACUCGGAACAGGUCUAUAAUCCGUGAUAUGGAAGUUUUUGAAAUGAUUAAUGAACAUCGUGAACAGUGUUUUUAUCACGGUGAUGAACCUGUAGGAUCAGUUCUUGAGUUUGCUCUUCCAAAAUUGAAUAUGGAGAGUAUUGUCCCAGUGAUAACGUUUCUCAAUGUAUCUCUCCUGGACGAUUUUCAACAAGAGGUCUCAAAUUAUGAGGAGCACAUCAAGCUUAUUGAACAGUCAGUGAGAAAAAUCCACGACCAGUGUGGAUCAUUACCGAUGACGUUUGACAAAAAGAAAAAUGUGCUCAAGAUCCAUUUUCCUAACUUAACAAUGGAAGAAACAGAGAUUUUGGUUACUGAUCUGGGGAUUGCUUCGGGUCAUGUUUAUCCACAUUAUGAAGAGUACACCGGCAAGCAAAGAGUCCGACGGAAUAGUUGUUGUAACACCGGGGUUAAUAGCGUACUGUCAAGCAGUGGCUCUAACUCUUCGAGUGAUUUGACUAGUGAAGCAUUAGAAUAUAAUUCGAUUUUUUCCACUUCUAGUAGCAACUCUUUUAUAGUCGUCUAG